AUGAAAGGCAAAACACCAACAAAUUCAAGGUCUGCUAUUUUCGAUAAUAGCAAGCUAAGCAGCUAAAAUAAAAUGAAGGAUUAAUAAGAUUACUAAUAAAAAGAUUCCCUGCUUGACUUUAGUGCUUACGAAGAUUACGGGCAUGCAAAUAAGUUAAGUAAAAAAAAAAGUUAGCUAGAGAGUAUGACGAAAAUUAAAUCAAGAAAUAUUCCAUAAGAUGAAGAUAUUUCAGAAUUAACUUCUCCAAAGACUAGCAAGAGUUCAUAAAUCCCAUAGUAACUCAAAAAGCCUUAGUUUUCCAAAGCUUUCUUAGAUGACUUUAAGAAGUACAUUGAGUAUAGAUAGCAAAAAAAAAAUUAGUAGAAAUCAUAAAUGCAAUCAUUAGUGUUUAGUGAUUUGAGUACAAGGAAAUCAUAGACAAAUAUACCUCUAACGGCAAAUAAUCAUAACAAUAACAAUAAUAAUAGCAGUAAUAAUAACAAUAAAACAGAAUAAAAUGAUUUGGAAGAUGCUAUGAAGUAAGAAUAUUAAGCGAAAGUACAAAAACACAAGGAUUAGACUAAAAAAAUUAUGUUGGAAAUAAACAAAAAAUUGAAAAUUUAAGCCAAAAGCAAACAAGAGCGUUUUGAAGAUCAAAUGUAGGUAUUUAAAAACACAGAUACAUACAUAGAAAUAAAGCCAUUUUUAGAGCAACUUAACAAAGUUAACCAUUCAAAAUUUAUAUAACAAAUUGCUAGAUAUGAGAAUAAUAUCAAAUAAGCUUAAGAAUAUUAAUAAGAGGAUGAUUUAUUUAGAAACAGUAAUUCUGAUUUUUAUCAAAAAUUCUAUGCAAAUACUCCUAAAAGAAAUGAAGAACUAUCAAUGAGAAAGUUUGAGGAUUUAUUGACUAAAGCUUAGUCUUACAUAAUUCAUUCAAAUAAUUUAUAAUCUUAUAAAUUCCUUCAAAAUAGUAUAAUUUAGAGGCUUAUGGAAGAGCUAGGAUACUUUGAUCCUAAUAUAUCGUCAUCAGAUUCGCAGUAGUAAAAAGAAAAUGUGUCUGACAACUUUGACUUUAAUUCAUAGUUGAAUGAUUAAAGCACAAAUAAAGAUACUAAUCCAAAUAGAAAGUAUUCAAAGUAUGCUGAAAAGGAGUAAUAAAAAAGUGAUUAAAUAAAUGAAUUGCCUAAAAUAAAGCGUAAGCCCAGUCUGCAAUUAGGCGAUCUAACAUCUGAUGAUAAUUAAUUUUUCAUAAAUCUUAAAAACUACCUCAACAAAGCAUAGAAAGAUAUUAAUUUAAAAUUGGAAUUAGAAACAGAGCAAAACACAUAUGCCUAAGUGAUCUAAGAGAACCAAAGAAAAAUUGAAGAAGCCAAACAAGAGUAAAUUAAAAGGUUCUUGGGAGGUAAGCUAAAUCCUUAAAACUUACUUGAAGGGGAUAGAGAUGUUUAACUUAAAGAGUAUUAUGAAAGAUUUCGUUUGAAAGCAGAGCAGGUGAGAAGUACUUUACAUAAGGUAAAUCAAUAAUUGUUUUAGAAGAAAUGGGCAAAUGCUUAGAUAAAAAGAUAAAUGUAGAGAUAAAGGGAGAGAAACCAAUUGCUUUCUUAAUUUAAGAAUAACAAAAUAAAUAGUGAUGAGUUGCUCAAUCCUUCAAAAAGAAUGAAUGAAAAAUUGCUCAGAAAAAAAUAGAAUUAGAAUGAUGGCAUUUCAUAAAGCCAAAGUAAGGCUUAAUAAAGUCACAAUUCUUUAAAUGACCUAUCAGUUGAUUAGCAAUAUAUAAAUUCACAUGAUAGCUAUAAAAAUAGGAAUCAUGAAAUAUAAUCUAGCGAUGAUUAAAAUAUUUACUUAACUGCUCCUGUUGAAAUCCAUUCUCAGCAGCCUCUAAUAAAAAGCACACCAAAUUCCAUGAGUUAAAGAAUUAAAGACUUUAGUCAUGAUAAUAAAUUGAAAACGAUUUAAGAAAAAAUUAACAACAACAGUAAUAAUAGCUUCAAUUUGCCUCUUAUUCAUAGCACUAAAAAUUUACAAUCAUCUCACAUGCUCUCUCCCAAUAAAUUUAAAUAAAAUGAAUUUGGUUUACAAGUCUAAACUAACAAGCAGAGUAUGUUUGAUAAGAAUAACAAUAGUAGCUUACCUCCCUAAGUUGUAUUAAACAUAAAAUCUAACAACGGUCAAACUCCAUAAUCAAUUUUAAGCAAAAGAAACAGCGCUUCAACAAACUUUAAAGCUAAUUAAUAGGACAGUCCAACAAAGAAAAAAAACUCAAUACUAUUUUCGUAAAGAUCGCCUUUAUUCUAGCAGAUCCAAACUGAAGAAGAACAAAAUAAAAUAGAAUAAAUUAUAUAAGAAAUCGAUGAAGAACAUAAUGAGUACAUUCAAGAAAAAUCUAACAUUAAAAGCUAGCUGGAAUUAAUAAGCCUCAGUUACGAUAAAGAGAUGUCAAAAUAUUAAAAAAAUGAUAAUAUUGAUUCAAUUAGAGGAAUAUAAUCUGACAUACCUUAACAUGAAUACCACUCUGGACUUAAAAUUUUUUAAAGACAAAGUAGGGUCAGUCGUUUCUGA